CGGUAAGAAAUGCACUCACUGUCAUCACAACAUGUACCGUAUUUUUUCGCUCCAUAAGACGCACCUGACCAUAAGACACACAUAGGUUUUAGAGGCAGAAAAACAGGAAAAAAAAAAAAAAUUCUGAACUAAUGGACUGCAGACAUAGUACAGGGGAUGACCAGAGACUGCGGACAGUACAGGAGAUGACCAGAGACUGCGGACAUAGUACAGGGGAUGACCAGAGACUGCGGACAGUACAGGAGAUGACUGUUGACCUUUGGGGAGGCGGGGAGCGGGUACCUGAAUUUGACAGGUACCCGCUCUUACUUCCAGAGUUGUUCUUUCAUCUUACCUGUUCCUCUAUCCAGCCGUGCGCUGUCUUCCCGGCUUCUGUAAUGGCGCUUGGCAUGACAGCCGGAUGCCCAGUGCGCAUGAGUGAGAAGCGCUGCGCUUUGUGAUUGGUCCGGCGGCUUCUGGGAUCUGUCAU